UCAAAACAGAGCUCCCAAGGUAAACUGUAAGCUAAGCCGGGCCUGAGCUUGGACUCCUCGAUAUAGGAGAACUAUAUAAUUUUAAAGCAAAACUGACUCAGAAGCGGAAGCGGCACGCGAUAAAAAAUCGCACUAUACUUUGCAAACUGGCCGCAGAAUGAAGUGUUUUUGGGGAGCUCUCUUGCUGGUCUUGGGAUUAUAUUUUCAAGAGGGAUUUGGAAAAACCCUAACCAGCGAUUAUAUAGAUCUUCUCGACUUGAGCGACAACGAUGAGUUCCAAUGGGGCGAAUCGGAGAACUUGCAUUAUGGUCUAGAUAAUCACACUGAGGAAAAUAAUGUUGUGAGUUUCCUGUCCCGACAUCGUCUCAAUAAGCGACAGGCUCCCACCUCCCAGUUACUGGAGAACAAGGACUAUGGACCUUGCAGCACUCCCUUGGGGGAGUCAGGACGUUGUCGUCACAUCAUUUAUUGCCGCAUUCCGGAGUUGAAGAACGAUGUCUGGCGGUUGGUGUCCCAACUGUGCAUCAUUGAGAAAAGCUCCAUCGGCAUUUGUUGCACGGAUCAAGCGACUAGUAACCGGUUCAGUCCCCAGAUAGUGACUAAUCCGGAGAAAGAUGAGCCCAGAAUUGUAAAUAGGCCGGAACAACGUGGCUGUGGAAUCACCACCAGGCAGUUCCCGCGGCUCACGGGAGGACGGCCAGCUGAGCCGGACGAGUGGCCAUGGAUGGCGGCCCUCCUUCGGGAGGGACUGUCCUUUGUUUGGUGCGGUGGGGUUCUGAUCACCGAUCGCCAUGUCCUGACAGCAGCCCACUGCAUACACGGCGUGAAGAAGGAGGAGGUUUUUGUGCGAUUGGGGGAGUACAACACCCACCUGCUAAACGAGACGAGGGCCAGGGAUUUCCGGCUUGCCAACAUGGUCAGCCACGUCGACUUCAAUCCCCAGAACUACGACAACGACAUAGCCAUUGUGCGGAUCGACAGGCCCACCAUAUUCAACACCUACAUUUGGCCGGUUUGCAUGCCGCCAGUGAACGAGGAUUGGUCCGGAAGAAAUGCCAUUGUUACGGGUUGGGGCACCCAAAAGUUUGGAGGACCGCAUUCCAACAUUCUUAUGGAGGUCACCCUGCCGGUGUGGAAGCAGUCCGAGUGUCGAGCCACCCUGGUGGAGCACGUCCCGGACACAGCCAUGUGUGCUGGUCUACCCGAAGGAGGCCUGGAUUCCUGCCAGGGCGACAGCGGUGGUCCCUUGCUGGUCCAGCUGCCGAACCAGCGCUGGGUCACCAUCGGCAUCGUGUCCUGGGGCAUCGGUUGCGGCGAGCGUGGUCGCCCGGGGAUCUACACACGCGUCGAUCGCUACCUGGACUGGAUUCUGGCCAACGCGGAUGCAUAGGAUUCAAACAGGACCCUUUUACACUUCGUCAGUACAUUCAAUUUACUUGGCAUUAGCUUUAACAAAUGCUAUGGUCUAAGUAUACUAAUUAACCUGAUAACGAUCGAUGUCAAUAAAAUCGAUGAACAAACCCGAA